AUGGAGCAUUAUCUCGCGGGUUUGUUGAUUCUCUGUAUUUCCGGAGAAUCACUUGCAAGUACCACCUCACUUCAGCAGCAAAAAAGCGCAAAGAUAAAAGAUUUAUGUGAGGUAAGAUAUAAUUGUCUUGCUUUGGCUGAAAUUUCUUUUGUCUCCACGCGCAGUGCGUAAAAGCAGCGAAGGAAAAUUUUCCAUCACUUCUCCUCCGAUCCUGAAAAACACGUUAUCACUUACCUUACCGUGACCGUUCAAUGGAAUCGCAACUACCACUUAAUAGAUGAUAUUGCACCCAAGCGUCUUUUUUUUCUUUCUGAAAUGGGCUGGACUCCAAUUUGUGACCUACUGUUUAGUCAAUGUCUGCUUAACAUUGAUAAGCUCGAUCUUGGAAUUUAGGGCACGUUUCUUUACUAAAAUCCAAGAUCAGAUCAAAAAUCUGGAUCAUUAGGAUUUUUCGUUAGGAAAACGAACGAUGUAUCCAAAAAAGGAUUUGUUUUCAUUAAUUUCCAUAGAAACGACCCAAAAUAUCGACGGCCUCCCGGACAAAGAAUAACACGGCUGCUAACAGUAUUGCGAAUUCGCUGAUCUUUCAUUGUAUUCUGAUGAUUAGGCCAAGGAUACUGCUUUAGACGGGCCAAAUAAAGAUGAUUCUUGCAAUUAGAUCUGUACUGGAAAAGUAAAUCCUUACAAGACACGCGGAUGAAGUUGUGUAGCAGUUUGUCUCACAGCUAAAAGAAACCAUAGUUGGUGGAUAUUAUGGAAUUUAGAAGCCAUUUCCUUCUUAAGCUCUCCACUAAAAUACAGUUACUUCAUCUUUAUUUUCAGAAAUCAAUACUGAGUCAUGGUUUUCCCAGCAUUGUAGGAUCAAAUGGUAUGCCCGGAAUGCCUGGCGUUCCCGGGCCGCAAGAACUACAGGGAAGGGAAGGCAAGAAAGGACAGAUCGGGGAUAAGGGAACACGGGGAAUGUCGGGACCACGGAGAGACGGAGGGAGUGAAGGGCCUCCUGGGAAGAGCGGACUGCUAGGAAUGAAAGGCAUCAAUGGUGAACCGGGACUUGGGAAUGAAAGGAGAAACAGGCAUUGUGGGAAAUCAAGGAAGAAAAGGUUCGGAGACAAAGGAGAGAAAGGACAGAGCGUCAAAGCAAGUCAAGCAAGUGUAGUAGCACAAACCAACUGGAAACAAUGUGUGUGGAAAUCACCAAGCGGUACUGAUAACGGGAAGAUUAAGGUAAACAAGAAGCGCGCUUUACGCAGACCCUCGUGAGUGGGAUAGAUGAUCUCAAUCGGUAGAAUGAGGUUGAAAAUUCAAUAUUUUGCUUAGAUAAACUUAAGGAACAAUUUAACAGCAAUGAGGUUAGCAAUCCCUUCAUCCUGUAAACCUUCAAUCCCAUUUAACCUGCCUCCAGCUGGAAUUAAUUCCCUGCGUAAUGUCAUGGGUGAUGAAUUACUCCUUAAUUUUGGUGCGAAAUUUCCGCAAUUUGAUUGGCUUAGAGCAGUAGUAUUUCAGCUUAAUUUGAACUACCUACGUGUGAAAAUUACAAACCUUUUUCGGAUAGUAGUAUAAACUAAUAAUAGCAUGAUUUGUAUGUGAUAUUUGGCAGAAAUACCACUUGUGAUACUUCAAAAUUGUAUCAAAUCUCGCUCGCCUAACGGCUCGUUAAAUUACGUAUAACAAUUUCGAAAUAUCACUCUUGGUAUUAAUGCCUAAUAUCACUACAAAUCAUGCUAUCACCUAUACUAAUAUAUAAUUUCACAUUUGAAAUCACAAAAUUGCCAUGGCAACCUUCUUUAUGUCUCAGUGCCAAGAUCGCUACGCAGUUUUAAAAUUUAUGAAUGAAGAUGUCAUUGGGACAUUAAAAGACGCUUUAGAAAACCUAUAAACACACGAAAGAGCACUUCCAGAAGGAUUCUAACAGGUAUUUUGUCGAAAAUUUCUGAAAAUUCUGAGCUUGAGUCAAGUUUUUAAAGCUAGAAACUUUUGAGAGCGUGGAGUUCUCGAUCGCCAAUUAUGAUAGAACCAUGAUGAACAUAUUAAAAAUCCACGAUUGUGAAAGUAAUUUGUCACCCAGGGUAAUCAAAUGGUCCAUUUGUUGAACUAGGGAGUAAUUUCAUUUUCGUUUUGUCCAAAUGCUAAUAAUUUCCGGAGCUUUUCACCAUCAGGGGCACUCGACCACUCUUUUUGUGUAAAAUAUCUGUUCGGCGAAGCAAAAAUAAUAUAUGGCUUGAUUAAGGUUAAAAAUUGCUAGAUGACCUUUCCAUUUAUGUACAAUUUUCGAAGUUUAUCUAAUAAAUUCCCUAGGUUUUCUUAAGCUUAAUUUUCGCAUUUCACUCUCAGUAAGUUUAAUCUUAUAUUAAGCUUUUUCAGAAACUCAUAAGGGGUUGAAACGUGUAUCUCUCAUAUGUUUGCUUUGUCCGAUGCUCGUGAUUAUUCAUUUUCUAAAGUACCAUAUUUGGAACGAGAAGAAGAGAUAACUGACCAAUCAAAUUUCGUAAACAACGUGACGUAAUUUUCCUUCAGUUUCCCGCGCCCACUUAAAAAAAUGGCCGACAAACGGGAGAAAAACUCCCGAAAGCCGAGAAAGCUUUCGAAGGUUGAAACCAGGAAUAUUACCGAAACACUGAGCAGGAUAUUAUUGCCUUACCACCCGGGCCAAACGUAACAUUAUGAAACCCACUGACGGCCUCGCAACUUCUUGAAGUUGUCACUUCAAAAAAUGAUGCCUCGUUGACCCUCUGCACAGUAAACUUAUACUGCAAAUAGGCUUUUAAAAUUCUUAUGCUAAAAGUCUAGAAUAAAAAGUGAAAAAUAUUUUCGAAUAAAAUUCUUUAGCUGCUUAUCGAAAAGUGUCCAAAACCUGAACCUGACAUCUUCGCAAAAAGUGAUGCUUGUAAUGAAUGUGAGAAGCAUUUUAAAAGCUUAAAUUAAACUUAGAUGUUGUAGUCACGAUCGUGUUUUGAGCUAAUUUUAUGAAUGAACAAACUCAAAACAAUAGACGGAGAAGCCCUUUCUUGAAAAUUUUUAUUCAAAGUCCAACAAGGUAAUCCUUUAAAGCAAUUCGGAAAACACUAUCUGGAUCGUGGAUCCGUUCACGCAAGUGAAAUCGGCUAAGCACAUGGCAAAAUUCAGCACAAAAUCCAUCUCAAAUCAGGGCACAUUUUGUAAUUUUCUUUAGCGCCGAAACGAAAAAUUUAUAAAACGUCUAUGAAACAUUUAAAAAUACAUAAAUUCCCUUCCAAAAACGUAAUUGUCUUGGCCAUAGAGUGCAAAAUGUACCUGAAAAUUUCAUCGCUGACUUGGUUGCAUUUCAAAACAGACCAUGGGCUUCGCAGUGAAGAAAACAAGGUUGAAUUCCUCGAAAGACGAUUUCUUGAUGAAAAGCUUCCCUUUCUCCACAAAAAGAAAGCUGAGCAUUCUUUUGAACUUUCUCUUUCCAUUUUUGUCUUUUAACGGUGUAUUUUUAACCUUGAAAAGCAGAACUCUUGUCUUAAAACAUCUGCAUGGUGAUCGCGCAGUAGCCAUUUUGUUGAAAAUGGAUAUCGGUCACUAAGGUUUCCAAAUAUGGUCAAAAUGAAUAUUCACGAGCAUUGAACGCGAGUUACACUUUUCAACCCCUUAUGGGUUUCUGGCUUUUUUUUUUCACAGCAAAAGGAAACCUAAAAUUUUCGAGUUCGCAAAUGCGAUGGAGAGAGGAAUCAGAAAAAUUGUUAAUUUUGCAAAACUUUGAAUUGCAACUAAAUUUUCAGCAAAAUAAUUCAGAAACCGUGGUAAUUUCGAAAAGACUUAAGUUGCCCUAGGAUGAAAGAACAGAUACAAAUUUAUAGGGCCGCUUAGAAUAUAAUAAAAAGUGUUUUUAAUGCAUUUAGGAGGAAACCGUCGUUGGGUGCCCUUGUACCAUUUCAUUACACUUGCUUAAUGUUUAGCAUUACGAGUUGAAGUCGGAUACAGCGCUUAAAGUCUCAUCUUUCCAACAUAUUUUCCCUCCCCCCACCCCCCUACAUAAAUAAUGACCGGUCCCUAAUGACUUGAAAUUUUUUGGCUUACCCCUGCCUUGGAGAGUAAAAGUAACACUGCACUGUUCCGAAGAACAAAGCAACAGCUAUCCGGACAAUCGAAAUUUAAAUGCUCUUGUAUUUAAAACAGAUGGGUAUUUCUUUAUAAUACUAAACCCCAUCGUCUGUAACCUCUGACCCCUGCUUGCGUGCACGUGAAACGGACCUGUUCAAAUCUUGAAAGACAACAGAUGAAAACAAACAGAUUAACAAAGGAAAGUUAUUGCAAUCUUAAACUGAAGUGUCUGGAUACUAGGCAACAUACUGUAUGUCAUUAAAACUCAUUGCACCAAUCGCAGAAUCAUAGACGAGAAGUGAUAUUUCAGUCUUUGGCGAUGAUGGUAUAUCAUUUAUAUCUACUGUUUCUCUACAUGGGAUGAGUUUAUUGCUAAUAACUACAACACCUCGGCAAUAGAAGGGCAUCGAAAGAGCUCAACCUCCACCCUGAAAUCAUGAUUAGAAUUAUAAUGUAAAGGUGGUCUUUUUUAAGAUUUCUUUGUCACGCAUAUAAGAUGCUGUGAGAUAAGGAGGUUUAAAGAUACGUAUGGCAAUAUUUUACUUUCAUGAUAAGCACUUCUUACCUAGAGGUGGAUGAUUUUAGGAGGUUGCAACCUCAAGUUUAUGGCGUGUCAGAAAUAUAUAAGAAAGCAAGGCACCAUCAAGAAAAAGGAAGCAACAACCAUCAUGCAACAUAAUGAUGUCAAUAACGGAUCUUAGAGAUCUUAGAUCUUUCGCCCGGAGUAGUCAAUCGAUAAGAAUCGGUAUCGAUAAAAAUCGAUGCAAUCAAGUGAUUUUUAUCGAUCGAUAACGGAAGUCGGUGAAAAUCGUUAAACUAAAUUGCUGUGUCAAAUAGAUAUUAUCGAUUUUUGGUGAUUUUAACGAUUUUCAAUGGAAGUCCGACAUUGUUGUUUUUUGACAUAGGUUAUGUAGUACAGCUGAUAAAACACAUCCACGAGUAACAACUCAUCAACAAACAUGAAAAUAAGAUAUGUAGAAACUAUCACAGACACAAGAUUCUCUAUAAAACCCGUUUGUACAUAAUAACAAAAACGGUUCGGUUUAAUUACAUUGCAGUUCUCGCAGGAAAGUAUACAACCUCUGAGAUAAAAGAUUUCCUAGCCUGAAUUUUCGAACCUCCGCUAGAGUCGAGGGGAUGCCUAAAAUUCAGGCUAAAAGAUUUCUUUAGAUAAAUUUUCACCGUUUUCCGUUAUCAAUCGAUAAAAAUUACUUGAACGCUGACGAUUUUUAUCUUUAGGCUGCUCCGGAAAGAACUACACGUAGAACUGACGUUUGAAAUGGUGGCAGAUCUAAAAUGUUAAAAGGAGGGCGCCUACAAACCUGGCCAAUAUCGGCCAUCAGAAGAACACUUUAAACAAGGUUUCAAAGAAAGAAUAAGAGUCUUUUUUUAAACUCUAUUUAUUUAUUUAUUUAUUUUUUAAAGUGAUAAUUGUUUGAUCCUUCGACUUCCAAUUGCAACUCAAUAUUGUCAACAAAUUCACUGUUUGCAUGAAAUCAGUUUUCAUUUUUGGAUGAACAGAAGAACAGAUGUAUCUUCCGAUAUAAAUCGAUGAAAUCGAUAAAAUCUAGAUAAAUUGAUAAACGAAACGAGUGUGUCAUCGAUUUCUACCGAUUGAUCGAUACAAUCGAUAACAAUCAAAUCAGAUCUACCGAUUUAUCAAUUGAUAAAUCGAUACCGAUUUUAUCGCUUGACUACACUAGGCUCUUUCGAACACCUAAGUUCUAUGCCCUCCAAGCGCAACAUGAACAUGUAAUGAGCGGCUGUAAAUUUAGGUUACUGCAGAAAACAAGCGUACUAAAAACAAAACGCGCGUGCGGUUCUAAGCAUAAGUGAGUAAAUGAUUUGGUGAUUUACAGAUUACAAAAAUGAAACUCUAGUCACGUAUUAUCCGACGUAUAACGACUCACUUAAAAAAGGGUGAAGUUUGUUCGAAAACGAAAUCAGUAGCUGGCACGAUAUUACUACCAUAAAAGGAAACAAAACCAAAAAGUAUUUCAGCGGUCAUUAAAACAGGAUCAAAACAAAUAUUCAUGGCUAUUCAACUGAUGAGCAUGUAGCACUUAUUUCAUUUAUCGCCGUGUUCUGGUUCAGCCUUAAUCAGCUUUAAUCAUGGUUUGCUAUUUCUCUAUUUUCUUGAUCUUCUCUAUUUCUGGCGGUUCACUGGGAACAACCACCUCACCUCAACAACAAAACACCGCAAAGUUAAAAGAUUUAUGUGAGGUAAGAAUUGAUUACUUUGUUUUAGCUGACAUUUCUAGAUCUCGGGAAGGAUGUGAAUAAAAACCUAAUUAGAAAGGUCUGCAAUUACUGGAAAAAUAACAAUGUCUGCUUUGUCAAAGCCUCACGCACUUUCUCUACGCUUUACAAUUUCCCUUAGAUCAACUUUUUAUACUUUGGUUAUGGAUUUCAAAUUUCGUCUCACGUCUUGUACUGGCCUGCCUUUUAAACAAUAUAUUUCGCAGUUCUUGAUAAAAGACGAGUAUCGAUAGCCCGUCGUGGCAUAUUAAUCGAAUUGAGGGUGAAUCGGUACUUUUUUCAGUGACAUCAUAAUCAUAAUCAUUAUCAUUUCAUUAUUAUUAUUGUACUUUACGGGGUGGGGGGGGGAUGGAUUCCUUCCCCUAGGUUUUUGAUAUGUUCCAGUAUUUCGAAAAUAUUUUACCUUUCUUGGAAAGCCUUUGAUCAUCUUGACAAGAUGAGGUAUAUUUUAUGAGUGGUGGCGCUGCUAAAAGACUGUGACGUCACCAAACAUGGUCGCCAUCUUGGAUUUUACCCAUAGUUAGAAAUCAAGUAAAAACGAAGAGAAUUGGUACUUUUUUGGUGCUUGGCAUGUAAAAUAAGACAUAAAUAAGUACUUCUUUUUAUACCCUUUUUUUUGCUUUCAUCAUUAAAACAAGUUGAAAGACAUGCAUUUCCACUCAAAAAUGGCUUGACCAGCAACUAAUUAUGACGUCAAAUCUCGGAACUAUGUGACUGGUCGUCACCAAACUGUUGUCAAAAUGCGGGCGAAAGAUAAAAGAACAGCUAGUGGAAACGAAGGUGCUGAUGCUUCACAGUCAAGGGAAAAACUCAGAAAAACCUCAUGCCAUCAUGUAUCGUUUAUCUAGGAGUUUGCCCCGAAUUAUUAAACUAACGCCCGACAAACCAUUUGACCCGACCACUUUCUUAUAGCCCUGAAUAAAAUAAUACUUUAUAUACAAUUCCCUCUAGGUUAUUAUUAUUAUUAUCAUAUUUUUUUCUUUUAACGUCCUAUUUCAACACUGAAGUUUUCAUAGGUCUCCAUGAAUUUCCCUGCCACCAUAUUUCACUACUUGCUGUCAUUACUUACACUUUUUUUGCUACCUUGCUUCUGAAAAAGACAGUAGCUCUUUCAAUGCAUUACCUCCAUUCGUGGCUAACUUAGAAUAUUUCGAGUGAAUAUGUUAUUUCAGAUGCGCAUUUCUCUUUUCGACAGGUCAUUUGGUUACAAUUCAUCUUUAUUUUCAGAAAUAUACACUGGGUCGUGGUUUUCCGGGCAUCCCAGGAUCAAAUGGCAUUCCGGGAAUGCCGGGCGUCCCAGGACCGCAAGGACCCCAGGGAAGGAAGGGCGCAAAAGGAAAAAUUGGUGAUAACGGAUUACAAGGAAUGCAGGGUCCAAGAGGAGACAGAGGGCACGAAGGGCCUCCUGGGAAGGGUGGACCGCCAGGAAUUAAGGGAGUAAAAGGUGAACCGGGACUUGCGGGUAUGAAAGGAGAGCCAGGCAUUGUGGGAAAUCAAGGAAGAAAAGGAGAGAAAGGAGAAAGCGCCAACGCAAGUCAAGCAAGUGCAGUACCACAAACCAACUGGAAACAAUGUGUGUGGAAAUCAAACAUCCCUAUUGAUAACGGGAAAGUUAAGGUAAGCAAGGAAACGCGCACAGUGAGUUCUUACAUGAAAGGAAAGUAGACUGGUGUGAACAGGCCGGGAAAAAUCCAAGCCUUUGCUGAGAUUAAAAUCUAACAGCAAUCAAAAGAUUAUAAAUCUCUGCAUCCUUUCAGCCUUAACCUGACUUGAUAGCGGAGCAUCAUGGGUAAGAAAAAUGACACCAACAGAUCCGAAAAGGUUUGGUUAUCACGUGACCGUCAGUCCGUAUAUAUGUAUGCACAUACUUAAUUACGUCCGUCAACCCCGUACAUGUUAACCGACGUCAAAUGUAACAUUUACUGCUCAAACGGCCACCUGGACUUUUAGAGAGAAAAUAACAACAACAAAGCCGAGUCUUUUUUCGACUAAAUUUUUAUGUAUAACAUGGAUAACAGAGAAUGAGCUAGCUUGGGAGAUAAAGAGAUAAAAAAAAGAGACGAAUUUCGCUGGAAGAACAACAUGGAGUUUUUAUAGCGGAGGUGAGAAAAUGAGAAAUGCUGAGGAAAAAAAAAGCGUACAGGAACACAAUUAUUUAUUCACUACGUUAUUUGGCAUUUCAACAGAUACAACCUUACUAGCUAUAUAUUUUUAAGUCUUCUUUUUAUCUAUUAUUUACUUCUUUAUUACUGUUAUUACUACAAUUAUAAUUAUUAUUAUUAUUAUUAUUAUCAUUAUUAUUAUUAUUUUCCAGGGGUGUGCUUUUAACAAAUUGAAGUCUAAUUCAGCACUCAAAGUCUCAUUCCAGGGAAACAUGAGGGUCUCUGGUGAUAAUCAGUGUAAUCGGUGGUAUUUCAAGUUUAAUGGAAGCGAGUGUAGUGGACCAAUGACGAUUGAGGCUGCUGUUUACAACAACUGGCCAUCUGGGAACCCUCAUCUGCUGCAUCAUCGGUCUUUUGAGGGGUACUGUGAAAACAUUCCACAAGGCGCGGUUACAGUGGAAUUAUGGGUAGGAGAGUGUAGUGGCCAAACCUUGGGUGAUGCUCACACCGGGUGGAAUUCAGUGUCCCGGAUAAUGAUUGAAGAAGUAUCUAGGCCCCAGUCCUAA